UUGGGAUUUGGGCAUGUGGUCCUUGGAGAUGAAGGUUCACUCUGUCCUGCUCUGGGUAGGCACUGGUCCCUGAUCUUGGACGAUCCUUAUGGGGACAGGGUCGUACCUCAGAGGGCUCAGAAGCACCUGUUUUAGGGGCCCAGGUUGGCAUGGCUAAGAUUGUCCUCCCAAGGCCUGGGCCAUUUCUCCCCAGAAUCCCCCUUUGCAAAAAGGUGGUCUGGAACCCCUGGUUUCCCCACAGCUGACUCUGUGGGGACAGCUUUGGGAAUAAAGGUAGCUUUAUCUUCCCAGUAGUUGGUAUUUGCUGAGUAACUAGGAUGGCCUUGGAGGAGGGGCGAGGGACAGGUCUGGCUAGUUCUGCCCUGUUGUUCAUACACAGGAUUACCUCACAUGUCCCAACUGGCUUCCCCGCCCAUCUGGUGAGGGCUGGCCCUCAGCCCUCCAGCCCCCUUUUCCUUACCUGCCUGGGAAGCCAAACAUGGAUCUUCCCGUCAACAUCAGCUGAGCCUGGAGGCUUCACCCCUCUGGAGACCAUGGAAAGAGACAGCCACCUGAAUGCCUCCCCAGCAAGGACGCCCCCAGCCCGGGCACCGCUGGCCUGUGCAUGCCCAGCCCGGGUAUCACCUCCCAGGUCAUCGCCCGGCGGGUCAUCGUCUGCCAUGUCAGCCUCCAUGACAUCGUCUCCAGCGAGAGUACACCUUGUUAGAGCCACACCAGUGAGGGCCGUGCCUGUCGAGGCAUCUCUUGCCAGGUCCACACCAGCUGCCAGGGCCACCAGGGAGAACCCAGGUAUCCACUUGCCCAAGUUCACCAGGAAGGAGGGCCUGAAGCAGCUGCUGCUCAUCGGAUGUAUCUUCUUCCUCAUUGCCCUCGUGGUGUCCCUCAUCGUUCUCUUCUACUUCUGGCAGGGCCACGUAGGGAUCAAGUACAAGGAACCGGUAGAGAGCUGCCCCAAGCGUGCUGUGCGCUGUGAUGGGGUCGUGGACUGUAAGCUGAAGAGCGACGAGCUGGGCUGUGUGAGGUUUGACUGGGACAAGUCUCUGCUUAAAUUCUACUCUGGAUCCUCCCAUAAGUGGCUUCCCAUCUGCAGUGACAGCUGGAAUGAUCUCUACUCGAACAAGACCUGCCAGCAGCUGGGUUUCAAGAGGUCUGAAUGCCCUUCCCAGCAGUAUGUGACUCUCCAGUGUCCCAGCUGUGGACUGAGGGCCCUGACCGGGCGGAUCGUGGGAGGGGCGCUGGCCCCAGAGAGCAAGUGGCCUUGGCAAGUCAGUCUGCAGUACGCCCACACCCACAUUUGUGGGGGCACGCUGAUCGACGCCCAGUGGGUUCUCACCGCCGCCCACUGCUUCUUCUUCAGGACCCCGAAUAAGAUCCUGGAGGACUGGAAGGUGUACGUGGGCACCAACAACCUGCACCAGCUGCCCGAGGGAGCCUCCAUUGCCCAGAUCAUUAUCAACAGCAACUACUCGGACGACGAGGACGACUAUGAUAUCGCCCUCAUGCGGCUCUCCGAGCCCCUGACUCUGACCGCACAUGUGCAACCUGCCUGCCUCCCCAUGCAUGGACAGACCUUCAACCUCAACGAGACCUGCUGGGUCACAGGCUUCGGCAAGACCAAGGAGACAGAUGAGAGGACAUCCCCAUUCCUCCGGGAGGUGCAGGUCAACCUCAUCGACUUCAAGAGGUGUAACAACUACUUGGUCUACAACAGCAACCUCACCCCGAGGAUGAUGUGUGCGGGGGACCUGCGGGGAGGGAGAGAUUCCUGCCAGGGAGACAGCGGGGGGCCCCUGGUCUGCGAGCAGGACCGCCGCUGGUACCUGGCAGGAGUCACCAGCUGGGGCAUUGGCUGUGGCCAGAGAAACAAACCCGGCGUGUACACCAAAGUGACGGAAGUCCUGCACUGGAUAUACAGCAAGAUGGAGAGUGAGACGCGCUUCUAGAAAGCCUGAGUCCGGCUCCACCGCACAGCACUGGCUGCUGUAAAGACUCUGGCCAAUGUGACCGGGCCAUAGGCACCAUCAUCUGGGCUAAAGGCCACCAGACACCAUCGUUACUGCCACCUCCACUGUCUGCUGCCUCUGUGAAUACACAUGUGUGUGUGCAUGGGCACAUGUGUGUAUCACUGCUUUCCCAAGGUCUUCAGAAACCAGGAGCGCUGUCAGCUCUUCUCAAACGCCAGGCUGGAAAUCACCUGAAGAGAACUGUUUGGACACCAUGGAGGUUCCCACAGGGGUGACCAUAAUGGAUGCAGGAGGUGGAGCCCAGGGAAGGGCCUGGAAGGUCACAUCAGGAAUUCUUGCUUCUCUGACCCUGACUUGGAGACUAGUCCAGAAUGGGCUGCCCCCCGCCUCCAGUGGCCCAGCCAUCACUGCUGUCAGGGGCCAGUAAUAUGCUUCAUGGAGUACUGGGACCAUCCCUAGUGGGAAGAUAUUCCCACUGACCUUCUGCGUGGCCUCUCCCGUCUCAGCCCUCCCGCUGGGGCCGUGUCGUGGCUGUCCCCGCGGACAACUCAGGACAGGGCUUGCUGUCCUCGUUUGGUCACAGGCUGUUGGAGGCAAAUUUCAUUUCAUUUUAUUUUUAUAUUCAAGAAAUAGAAGUAGAUGUAUUUUUAAAAAUUCUCCACAAAUCCCAGGAGCAAAAGAAUCUAAAAGAAAAAAGAGUGGAUAUGUGUACAUGUGUAACUGAAUUACUUUGCUGUACACCUGAAACUAACACAACAUUGUAAAUCAACGAUCCUCCAAUAAACAUUAAAAAAAAAAAUUCCAGGAGCCAAGAGAGCUAACGUCAAUCACCUCAGGAACUCAGAGGGACUCCCGGCAGCUGUGCCCCUCUGCAGUCCCACAGAAGGCUCCUGCCCUCAAGGGGCCCUUUGAGAUACUCAGGGAAGCAAAUCCUCACUUGGGCUGGCGGACAAAUCCAUCACAAAGAGAACCACAACUGUUGCUGCAUCCAAGGGCUGCAGGAGCGUGAAGGAACCGAUGCUGCUUCUCUGCUGGCCCCGGAGCCUGGGAAAAUCCAGGUGGAUGGGCAUCCCUGGUACCCAGGGCUGUCCUGGGACUUUGGAAUUUCUUCUCAGCUUUCUCCAUUUCAGCUUCUCAUAGACACAGUGUUGCCAUGAAAACUGCCUUGGAGAGAAAGCUGGCUCUGUCCCCAGGCCCUCCAAGCAGCUUUUCUGAAGGAUCCGAGUUGCCCCUCCUGCAGGGCAUCAGUGCGUCUAGUCCCUGCACCAGCUGAAGUCCUGGACCUUCCCCAUCCUUUUCUUUGGGGCACCCGAUCCUCCCGCAAUCCCAUUCUCCUACCAUCUUUGGGCCUGUCUGGUAGUGCUAUGACUCCCAUCGGCAGGGUCCGAGCAGAUCAGCCCAGCCCAGCCCAGGCAGGCGGCUGCCCGAGGGAGACACUGUUCUGGAAGAGCAGUUGGAAUUGGCUAGCAUUCACUGGGCGGGGUCUGAGGGGAUUGGUGACAUGUUAUCACAGCUGGGGCUUUUGGGGGGACGGCAACAUUCACAUCCACAGCACCCCUAGCAGUGGUCUUCAGCAAUAAAUGU